AUGUCAAGUGUCUUCUCAAAGCAAAUCAUCGAGGCAUACUAUCUCAAACCAGCUUCAUGGUCCUACUAUGCAGGUGGAUCGACAGGAGGCCGACAGGGCUUGGCUGAAGUGCAGCUAUAUCCCGAAGACUUCGACGGCGUCCUGAUUGGCUGUCCAGUCAUCUGGCAAACACAUCUUGAAGCUUGGGAGAUCUACGCUGGCAAACGGCAGUACCCUACGUCCCUCGAUACGUACAUUAGUGCUGGGCAGUGGUCUGCCGUACAUGAGGAAGUAAUUCGGCAGUGCGAUAGCCUCGAUGGCGUGACAGAUGGGAUAGUAUCAGACCCAGAACGCUGCUUCUUCGUCCCAGAACGUAUCCUCUGUGGGCUCUCGGAACUGAACAGCACCACUUGCUUCUCGCCCAAGCAACUGGCUAAUCUGAAGUCCAAGUAUAGUUCCUGGACGGAAGUAAACAAUACUCUGGUCUUCCCAGGUAUUGCCCCGGGUUCAGAGCAUACAGGCAUACAGUACUACACGAACGCAGAGGCAGCUGGUGGUUUCGGCCUGACCUUCUAUCAGAACGCCAUACUGAACGACACUAACUUCAAAGCCGAGGACAUUUCUUACUCCCAUGUCCAAAUUGCGGAGCAAGUUGAUGCAUAUGGAGCAAUCACGGAUGCUUUCUCUCCCGACUUGACCGCAUUCCAAGCAAACGGGGGAAAGCUCCUACACUAUCACGGAUGGCAAGACUCGGUCGUCAAUGCAGAGAUAUCUACCCUGUACUACCGCAAAGUCCUCGCCCAUUACGCCGGACUCGGAGAGUCCGAGGUCCAGUCGGUCUCCGACUUUUACAGGCUCUUCAUGGUCCCCGGCCAAGGGCACUGCGUAGGGGGUGACGGAGCAUGGGUCGUGGGAGGGGCGGGCGAGCCUCUCCCUCCACUUCAAAACGAUACGGCUCAUUCUGCGUUGCUUGCUCUCGUCGAGUGGAGAGAAAGCCAACGGGCGCCGGAGGUUAUGGUCGGUGUCAAGUAUGCGAACGAGACAGUAAUCGGGGAUACCCCCGUGGACUUGACAACCACGACGAAGCCGUCGGCUUUAUCAAGACUACCGACACCAACAUUACUUCGAUCACUCUUCCUCACACAAUUCACAUCUUCGCCACUGUUGAUGAGACUAUCACUACCCAUCCUCGGCUUCAUCACAAAGACAAAAUCACCACUAUUCAACCCCGAUAAGAACCUGCUUCUCAACAAACUCCUACGAUGGACGAUAUACGACCACUUUUGCGCAGGGACAAACGUUCCAGAAGUAAGAAAGGCUGUGGCGAAUGUUAAGAGGAUGGGAUAUCAGGGAGUCAUCCUCAACUAUGCUAGGGAAAUCGUUCUGGAUACGAAGAAGGCCCAGGCUGGAUCGAAAGAUGGAGACUACGCACCGGCAUUUUACCAGAUGGUUCAGGAAUGGAAGAAAGGCAACCUCGACACGCUCCAGAUGAUGGAGCCCGGAGACUUCAUUGCCGUUAAGGUUACUGGUGCUGGCCCUAUUGCUGUGGACGCCAUGAGAGCAUCCGGAGCUAUGCCUGAAGUUCUCCGCGAGGCUCUCGAUGAGAUUUGCGACGCCGGCAAACAGAAGGGAGCUCGUGUUUGGAUUGACGCGGAGCAGCAAGCUCUACAACCGACCCUGGAUGAAUGGACCAUCGACCUCAUGAGACGCCACAACCGCGACGCACGCCCUCUGGUUUUCAACACCAUCCAAGCCUAUCUCAAGGGUUCUACCGCGAACACGGAGCGCCACAUCGCCUUGGCCGCCAAGGAGGGCUGGAGUCUCGGUAUCAAGCUCGUCCGCGGCGCCUACAUCGAGCACGAAGUCCGCUCCCUGAUCCACGACACCAUCGAAGACACCCACAACUGCUUUGACGACAUCGCCGAUAUGUUCAUCAGCCAGAGACUCCCCAAGGAGGCCGAGGGUCUUCAGUUCCCCGCCAGCGCUCUCUUCCUCGCCACCCACAACGCCAACAGCUCGAACAAGGCCAUCUCUGCCCAUCGCCGCAGGCUUCUCGAGGGCCAGGCGACUACGACUUUGGAGUGUGGUCAGCUGAUGGGAUUGGCGGAUGAGCUGAGCUGUGAGCUGUUGGAUAACUACGACAACUGUGUGACGGACUCGGGAUUGAAGAGGGAUGAUAUCCCCAAGCCUUUCAAGUACAUCCCAUGGGGAUCUGUCGCGGAAUGCAUGGGUUACCUGCACCGCCGGGCUAUUGAGAACAAGGGAGCCGUUGAGAGGACACGGCACGAGGCCGUUAUUCUGAAGAACGAGCUGCGCCGGAGAGUGUUCGGUUGA